AUGUCAGCGCUCUUCAAUUUCCAUUCGUUUCUGACAGUAGUGUUGCUAGGCAUCUGUGCCUGCACAUACGUUAAGAUGCAUUUUCAAGCACUUUUGGAACAGAGGACAGGGUUUCGAGGUGUUUUCUGGAAGGCUGCUAGAAUAGGAGAAAGACUUAGCCCUUGGGUUGCUAUCGGGUGCUUCGCGAUGGGGGUUUCAAUAAUCUUCUUUUGA